CGUGAACAGACUAGAGAUGUGCAAAUGCACAGCGGACUCUCUACCUGCACUCACGUCUUCCUCCGCACCGACGCAGUGCGGCGCCCUCUCCAGCCUCCCUACACUGGCCCUUUCAGAGUUCUGCAACGGACUCCGAAACAUUUUACUUUAGACCAGAAUGGUCACCGAACAACGGUGUCCAUCGACCGCCUCAAAGUGGCUUUCUUUGACGAGCCACUUGCAGCCCAUCCUGAUGCUCUCGCACAAGCACCCGCACCUGUGGUGACUUCCCGAGCACUGGAUAGCCCGGAACCCUCCGUACCCCUUGACCCGCAACCUAUCCCGCCGCAACCCCAGGCAACCGACCGACGCGGUAGACAGGUCAAACGUCCGGUCCGUUUUUCAGAUUUUGUAAGCGUUUGCUAUUUCCAUUAACACGCCUUUUUCGUCUUUAGUGGUUAUCCUGCGUCUCAUCCACAAACGUUUUGCAAAAUCGACAAAAAAACCCAAAACAUUUUGAAAACCUAAAAGCGUAUUUGCUUUUAUCAUGCAUGCCAUGUUCCCUCUCCGGCGUCAAGCCACUUCCCCGACCCUUGCCCACCCCCUCUGAGUUCUACCUUCCAGAAACUCAACCGCCGGAACUGCCCAGGCAACCCUCGAGUGACUCGCCAACCGGCUCAACGCAACCCUGGAGUGACUCGCCAGCCGUCCCAAAGCCCCUUCCUCACCCAAGGAACAGACAGUCGCCCUCGACCGCAGACACCCACGAACGGAUUGGUCCCCAAACGCCGCCUAGGCAUUGCCGACGAGGACGCCGGAUUUCUUCGUGGGACGAGGACGCCCGGAUUUCUCCGUGGGACGAGGACGCCUGGAUUUCUUCGUGGGACGAGGACCGUGGACUAAAGUGCGGUGGGGGGAGUGACACCUCCCAAGCGCACCGUCGGGUCUGCAGCAAAGGGAAGGUCCUGUCGGCCUUUUUCUGGACUAGCCAGUUUUUUUGCAGUCCGACCAGCCCGCCCCGACGGCCCACCGAUGAUGCACUCUGGUCCACACGAUCGUCAUAAAUAAUAACUAACAAAAGCCUGGACCCAGCGAAAUCUGCUACACACCCCACUUUGGAAGCCCUUACUCAAGCCCCUGCAAAUAUUCGCAUCCACCCUCACCUUCCGUUUCCCCCACUAACAGCUCCAUCGAAGGCUUCCAUCCUUCAGCCUUCUAGGGGAGGCCCUUGUAGUGUACCGGAAAACAAGCUCUUUCAGUAUUUUGUAACAUUGGAUUUUACGGUUGUUUUAACCUUCGAAACGUCCAUUUGUUUUACUGACUGCACGUCCGUUGACACAAACCGUUUUGGUGAGUACCUCGCUGCACGUUUCUCGCUCUGUCUGAUUCGCUUCCUAUUCUUGUAGCCUGCACAAUAUACGUUGGGUUCAGUCGCCUCCGACUUCUAUACUGUCGUAUUUGACACGUCUUACGUGUCAUUGCUUACCGACUAGUAUCCCAGGCUCCGCCCAACAA